GCGACUUCCAUCUCUUUGGCCAUAGAUGAGUCGAAGUACCGGAAGAUCGUGCGGUUUCGCGUCGACCUCCCGAUUGCCGCCUGCACCGCAGCCUCUGGCGCGCCCGACCUCCCUUCUGCGCGAAACAGCGGCGCGGGCCUCCACGUGGGGAACGUUGGCGCUUCAGGAUUUUGCGCGUCCGGCGUGUUAGGCCUCCUCGACUGCUCGAAAAAACGCGCGUCCGACUUCGAGGAUGACCACGCUGUCACUGCGGUUAAGCAGCUCGAUGACUUUCUUACGAAAUUCUGUACGCCGCUCGGCAAAAUAAAAGGCCACAGGGGAGCGCAGCCGCUGGCGUGCGACCAGAAACUGAAAGCGCACGUGCUGGGAACAGUCACCAGUUUCGCUGCCGAUGGCGCGUCCAAGGAGCGGCGUUCAGUCUUUCUCGCUGCUCGCGAUCUGUUCCCUAACUUGUUAAUCGUGAUUCGCGACCCAGCUCACGCCAUUCGCAUUGCCUGCAAGUCGAUGCACUGCGACGACGUGUUUGGGCAGGUAUGGAAGGAGCUGUUCGAUGAUCGGCAUGCGCUGGUUCCUGACCUGAUGAAUUCUACCAAGUGGCACAACCUUCUGGUGGCCAUCCAGGAGGACAACGUGCAUGCAGUGGCGGUGCCUGGACUCCCUGGAGGGCCCCAGCCCCUGGCGGGAAUCGUGCGGAACUUGGCGUUCGCCAAGCAACGCUUCGACUCGACGGCGGGCCCCGUGUUGAAAAUUGCUCUCAUGCUUCUGCCGGUGGCAACCUUGCUGGCGUACAUCGCGUCCGACCGUCGCCGCGAUCGGGAGCAGCGCGAGCGGGCAGGCGCCCUGUUGCGGAAAUUCGAUACUGAGUUUUGUAUGGCCGUUGGUGUGUCGGCGGAUUGGGGGAUCAUAUGCAACUGGUUCUUGCGGCUCUUCGACGUCGCCAGCCACGACAUUGCGAAGUCGCGUUCUGAGAUCGACUGCAUGGUCGAGACGUUUGACGCGGUCUUCGUGCAAGGGCGUGUCUUCCAGACGGUUCUCCAGGCGGGCUUUAUCACAGAGACGGCAAUGCGCAAUCUCCGCACCAAGUAUGUGUUCUACGCAGACGGCGACCCCGUGAUGCCAUGGGGGGAACCAGCAGCGGCGCACAAGGAGGAGCUCCUCCACCGAAUGCAGAACGUGGCGGGAUUGACAAAAGAGCGCUUGCUCCAGGACUUCCCGCGGACUGACGUCCGCUCGGCGCUGGCGAUGUUUGACCGGCGUCUCGUGCAGAAAGGUUUCGGCCCAGUGCCUGAUGUUGAAGUGCGGCGGUUCCUGUUGCGGGGCGCGCGCCAGCUGGCGGCCCUGCUCGGUUGCGACGAGCAGGCGGCGAUGCGACAGUACGACGGCGUGCUUCCCUACAUGAUGGAACAGAUGGAGCCAUCCCAGCCACUGGCGGGGGCAACUAACCAGCAGGCGUGGGCACGCGUGCUCGACGAUGACUUUUGGGAGGCGGCUUGCCCGAGGCGUCUCCGCGGGUCUUCUCGCGUGCUCUGCCGCCUGGUGCGUUUCUACAUCUCGAUUGAAGACGGGGAGUGCACCGUCGAACGCGACUUGGCCAGAUUUCGGGACCAACGGGUAGAGCACCGCACCGAUGAUAUCGCCUUCCACGACGACGGCUUAAUCGUGAAGUUGAACGGGCCGAAGACGGCGGCUGAUUUCGACGAAGGCGCAGCUCGCUCUGGACUGGGCCUGACGUCCUUCUCCAGGGAAUGCGCCAGCCUCUGGCUGGAACUGUUCGGCCAUCGGCAUGGGCAUUACAAUCCUCACGCUACUGCGGCGGCCAAGUUAAAGAGGCGCGGUGCGCCCGGGCUUGUUCGAGGACGUGUUCGGGCCGUUCUUGGGGCCGCCCGCCUGGCCGUGGCUGCCGCGCGUCUUCGACGGGCGCGGGGCCAGUCUUCGACCGCGGUGCAUUCUGGCGCCGGCACCGAGGCGAGCGCCUUGUGGAACGAUGGCAUGGGUAAGUUCCAGGCGCGCAGCCGCAAGAAUAUACCAGGCGUCACGCAGGCGCGGGCGUGUCCAGGGGCGCCCUUCGCGAGUCCGCCCGGCGUCCACCUGGCUCCAAGACGAGGUGCGACGACGCAGCCUCUGGCGCGGCCCUCGCCGUGCAGCAAGGUAGCAAGCCUCGGCGGCGCGACCGACACGUGCCCUGCGAGAGGUUGCGCUACUGUCACUGGCAGACACCGUUGUGCAGAAGCAGACCUCGUCGUCGUUCCAGACUUUUCGUUCCUCCACGACUUGGAUGCGAUAGCAGCCAGCGCGGACCUGACCGUCUCUUACUUUUACAUCGCGUCGCUGGGCCUCGACGUCGUUACGAAGACACACCUUGUCUCUGCCCAGUGCCACCCAGAUGGAAUUCCACUCGGCCACCGCAUGCGCCACGUUCCAGCAAACCAGCGCGGGGAGGUGAUCCAUCUCGCGCCAGGCCUCGUCGCGGGGCAUCCAGACGUGAGGGCGGCGGCACGGCGCGUGGCCCGCAGAGCGGGGUCGAAACUCGCAGUGUCGGAAGCGCCCCCCCCAGCCGCUGGCGGGACGUGUUUCUCGAGUCUGCGCGACGUCGUCGCAUGGGCGUCUGCGGCGAGGAAAGUGAGGAAUGAAGGUGGGCCCAAGGCAGUGACCGUGGACGGAAUGCCAAUGCGCGCCUGA